UGACGGCCGCCCUUCCUCUGUCUCCUUCUCCUCGCCUGAGCAGCUCCCUUCCCCUCCCCUCUCCUGCAAUAACUGCCAACAACUGACCCUUCUUUGCCGGCAACCACGGCGGCGCCACCGCGAAUGUCCACCACCGCCGCCGUGAGGUGCGCCUUCGCGGCGCCUGCCCGUGGAGCAGCACCUACCGUUACUGCCCCCACGGCCUGCCGCACCUCCACCAUGCACAGCUGCUUGACCACGGUCUCCACCCCGGCCUGCUCGCCACUCCAACCUUAUCUCCUCACACGCGCUCAGGGACGCGCUGAUCGGCCCAUGCUACAGGAACGGGUCGGGUUCUUGGACGCCAGCAAGGUGUUCGAGGAAAUGCCGAGACGGGACAUCGUGUCCUGGAGCACGGCCAUGGCUGCGAUGGUGCGACAGGGGGAGGUGGCCAAUGCGAGGUGGAUGUCUGAAGAGAUGCCAGAGAAGGAGGCGGUAAGCUGGGACAUCUAUGCUGAGGCUGGGCAGUGAAGGGAUAUGGCGAAAGCAAGGAUACAAAUGAAAGGAACUGGGUUUCAAAAGUCAGCAGCGUUAAAUUGGAUUGAACUUGAUGAAGCAUUCCAUGAGUUCACAGCGGGGGGCAGAAAAUACUCAGACUCAUACCAGAUAUCCGAGAUGGUUGACAGUCUGAGUUCGUGUUAAGGAUGUUGGCUGCAUUCCAGCAGGUCAUGAGAUCCUUGUGCAGUGAGUCCUUUGCCAACGGCAUGCUCAGUUUCUCAUGUCGCAGUGACAAACAUGUGAAAUGUUCAAUCUAUGUACGGAAGCACUGGCUCCAGUGAAUCCUGCAACCAAAAAGAUGUUGUGACAUGUAACAAGAAGACAACGUUGUGUCGUGUUACAGAAUUGCCCACGAUGGAUUGAGAACCCAGAGAUCCGUUCAAGGAUUUCUCAGCAUCUGCUCUUCUGCCAUCAGGUUUGCUCUGUCACAAACUGCUACUAUGUUAAGAUGAAAGCUGGUGAUGGAAUGGACUGACCAAACACUACCAAUAUAGUGCUAGGUUUAUCGAAUAGUUCAUAGGUUGGUACUUUUAAUGCUUCACUUUUUCUGGUUAAUCAAAAUCAAAACAAAAAAUAAGAAAGUGAGAAGACCUCAGAAUAAAAUAGAAGAAGUGAUUUUGAUAGUUAUAUUGUAGCAGCAAAGUGAUUAUGUUGGAAAAGUGGAAUAGUUGAGUGUUUUAUUUUUGCAUGUACCACUUCAUAAGAAUGUCUUAGAGAUGAAGCAGCAUACAGUCUUCGGUAAAAUUCUGAGUCAGAUAAGGAGGAAUUGAUUAAGCCAGCAGACAUAAUCCAGUUUCUUGUGAUCUAAGGACUCUUGGCUGGAUAAAACUCCUUGUACACCAUUGCUUCACAUUCGAGAACUUUGACCAGGAACAAAAGUUGAAGACAAGAAUCUUCCAUAAUACUCGGUACUCGGACACUUUCAGAUUGUAGAGUAAACUUGAAAGGCAAUUGGUGGUUAUCAUAACACAUGGAGAAUAAACCAAUUGAGCAUCUUAGUAACAGCUUCACAAUAACACCCACAAAUGGAUCUGCAUAUGCUGACAAGGAAAUGCUAAAGCAGAAUAUACUUGCACAGGAAGCUACAUUCCGGAAACAGGUCUAUGAACUUCAUCGUCUGUACAAGGUUCAGAAGGACCUAAUGGCAUUACAAUGCCGAGGAGGUGAAUCAAAGGGAUAUUCUCAAGCCAUAUCAUAUUCAUUACCAUCUGGGGGUAUAAGAAGAGUCCAGCAAAUGGGGCCUCCUGCAGGACAUGAUGUGAGGAAACCUUCUGGAAAAUUCAUGAAGGGAAAAAAUAUAGAGCGUAGCUUGAACAGAGUGUCUAUGAGGCAUAGCAAUAGCGGGUCCACAAAAGAAAUGCUCCUUCAGGUUCCAGCUGAUGCAGAUGAUAGUGAUGAUGAUGUGGUGACAGUAUGGGAGAAUCCUGCAAAGAGUUUGCCAAGAAAUAGUGGUUCAGUUGUUGGUACAAACCUGAAGCUUAGCAUUGAACGCACCUCACCCAUGGACAAGAAUUGGGCCACUGGUUUACAGCCAUCAGGUGUCUCAACAGUGAAUGCUUUGAACAAAAAAGUGAUAGGGUCAUCUAGCACUAUGAAGAAAACAAACUUCCCAAGUGUGGGUGCCUCCAGUUCUAAGAACCAGUGUUAUUCAUACGACCAUAAAUUAAAAGAUCGAAGCAGUGGCAUGGAAUGGCUCACACACAAGAAAACUGGUGUUGAUUCCUCAACUGUGCAUUACCAGUCCAGCUCUAGCAUCAUCAAUCCAGGAAUAUUUGUAGCAUCCAGCUCCAAUGCUGCACCCAGAUCUCUAUGGCAAAGCAGCGCCACAGAUUACAUGACUAGGAGGCAUUAUGCUGACGCUGAAUUGCCCAGUGCUCAGAAUGGCCGACUUCCAACGUUUCAAAGAUAUCACCGCCUUCAUUCAUCAGAGAUUCCUGGAGGGGCUCAGUAUCGACAUCCUUCCCCAUUUUAUGAUUGUCCCAGGAAUGUGAAUCUGAACAAUGGUCCUCGUGAUGCAACUGCCACUCUGGGACAAGCAAGUGAGAAUGCAUCAAAGGAAAUCUCGUGGGACAGAAAGAAGCUGCAAAACUCGACGAAGAAAAUCACCAUGAAGAAAUCACAAGUGUCACCGACUCGUGAGAAUGGGCAUUCCCAGAUUUCGCCUGGUUCCAUGGGUUGUUCAGGAGGUAGCACAAGAAUCCUUGGUUUCACUAUAAGUGCAGCCACCGAGAAAGAUUCUCAACGCUCAUCCACUUCGUCCACUACACACAUGGGCGCAGACAGCACACCCUCGAGCAAGGGUGUAGCUGACAUGGAAAUGCAAUUCCAGAACAAGAAGGAUGGCACCAGUGUCAGAAACCUCAUUGACCUGAACGUUGCACUGCCGUUCAUGGAUGUUACAGAGAUGGAUGCCCGCCAGUCAAAAGGCGACACUGUUCCUCAAGAACCAGAUGGUCCUUCCAAUGAAGCCCUUGUUAUAACUGCUGCAGCAAAGAAUCUCAUGGUCAUGCAUACGGAUGAAUUCCAAGCAGGACCACCUCAAGGUAAUAUUCUGCAUUGGUUUGCUGGCCUCGCAACAUCAAGGGAGAGCACAGUGGUCUAUAGUAGUGAAAUGAACAACAUUGAUACGACUCUGAAGCUUUGACACUGCAACUGUUCAAAACCAAAGACUGUUUCCAAAAAGCCAAUUCAAGCAUAUCGACGCCUCAAGAAGACAUCCAGAAGGACAUUAUGUAGGUUCAGAUUUAACUUUAGAUUUCUUGGUUGAUGGGAAUCUACUACUCCCUCCGAUCCUAAUUGUCGCUGAUUUAGUACAAAGUUGUACUCCCUCCGUUCCAAAUUACUUGUCUCAAAAGUGGAUAAAAAUGGAUGUAUGUACAACUAAAAUACGUCUAGAUACAUCCAUUUCUGUGACAAUUAAUUCCCAACGGAGGGAGUACUAAAUCAGCGACAAUUAAUAAGGGCCGGGGGGAGUAAGAAGUUUCAGAGAAUUGAGGAACUAGUCCCAUAGUUCUCAACUCUAUUGCGGUCUCUAGAAACGCAAGCAUCGUCCUUGUUACCUUUGUUUUACAGCAAACUCUGUUUCAGGAUUUCUUUUUUCAAUGAAUGCUUUGUUUUAA